UUAAGAAUCUAUCACAGUCUAGUUUCACAACGAAAACCAAUUGGAAGUUUAUUGGAACAAUAUAGUUCAAUUGUUUUGUGAAACACCUACACCCACUCACACCCUUCCUUAAGCCUUCCAUUAGGAUACAAACCAUUUUUAAACACCAUCAUAAAAAUGUUCACGAAAUUGGUCAUUUUGUCUUUGGCUGCCUUGGCUUGUGGCAAACCUCAAGCCGCCCAAUACCCUGCCGGCGUUAAUCCUCAGGACUGUCCCGGCUUCCCCAUCUGUGAUAAUGCACGCCUGCACAACCCCAACAAGUGGCAACAGCCUGCCUGGCAGCCACAACCCGCCUGGCAACCACAACCUCAAUGGGGAGCACCCGCUCCCUCAUGGCAGCCACAACCUCAAUGGGGUGCUCCAGCCGCAGCUCCCGGUGGUGAUAAAUACCCAGCUGGUGUGAAUCCCCACACCUGCCCCAACUAUCCCUUCUGUGAUGUGAAUGCUGGUGGUGCUGCUGCUCCUGCUCCCCCACUACCUGGCUGGACUGAACGUCAAUACCCUGCUGGUGUUAGCCCCCAUACCUGCCCCAACUUCCCCUACUGCACAUAAGUUCUGCAACUCCAGCUACAACAAGAUGAUGAUGGAUGGAUUUAGUCUCUCUCUCUCUCUCUCUCUCUAAUGCUGCAUACUCCACACCAAACGCUGCUCCAGACACUGCCUUAGCCCUAACUUAAUUUUCAUCAACUGUGUGCUGUUAUAUUUUAUGAUGAUGAAGUCAAGCUUCUCCAUUUCUACCCUCCAUUAAACCCCAAUUUCCAUCCUUCAUCCCUCACCCUUUCUAGUUUCAUACAUCUGCUUUCUGAUGCUAUUCCUCCUUUUUUUGCUCAUUGUUUCAAGACAAAGACUUAUUUCAUGAAUUUGUUGUAUCCAUAAUGAAUGUGCUAUUCUUUCCCCUCUACGAAUAAUACUCAAUAAAAAAAAUGGAAACAAGUGAAAAACGAGAA